GUUUGACGCAACAACACUCGAUCCUUCAUCCUUGAAGCAAUAUAUAUCAAUCACAUGGAACGCGUGUACUCGGCGGUAUUUGGUGAAGAUGCGCAGAAAGCAGCUUUGAUUCAUGAGACCCAGACCAAGCACACGGAGUACAUGGAGUCACAGCACUAUGAAGAUGUCGGCCUUGGCAUCGACAGCGAUGACCACGACGCAUCGUGUGAAGUGCCCGUCCAAUCGCUCACACCGGAGCUGCUUGAGCAACACAACCUUCAGAUGCAACAAGGUCGGUAUCACGACCACUCGCUACCUCCCUCUCCGCCGUCGCAUCCUCUUGCAUCGACAUCAGCAGCAACACCAAUCCGUCGACGACCGUUGUCAAAAGAUGGGUCGCACGCCACCGAACUGUCCGAGCUCGGGGGUGCGUUGAAAGCCGGUGCCCGCGCAUUUGUCCUGGCGUAUGGCGCGAAGGCGUUCACGGCAGUGCUACUUGCCUCUCGCAAGUGGGGCGUCGAUGACACCAACUCGUACGCGGACGCGCUGCGACUCUUGUCUCAGAGCGACACGCUCCGCUUCGGUGGGUUUGUCGGCGCCCUCGUCGGUUCAUUCCGCGGCACCGAAGUCCUGUUAAACUACGUGCGCGGUCCCUGUGCCCCCGACGAUGCCACGCACAAAGCCAUUGCCGGCGCCGUGAGCGGCCUGAGCCUGUUUCUGGACACGCCGUCCCGUCGACCUGUGAUCGCCCUCUACAUAUUCAUUCGCAUGCUCGACAUUUACCUUCGCCAUGCCCCGUGGCAGGCCAGGCUUGGCUUGGACGACUUGCUCCUCCGCAAACAUCCGGUACUGACAAAGUACACGACGGAGAUUCUGUUUGCGUUGGCCAACGGUCCCAUCAUCUACGCCGCCGCCUACAACCCGCGCCUGCUGCCCCAGAGCUACUACAACUUUAUCCUAAACGCAGGCAAGUUGACCCACCAUGGCACGGAUUAUGUCCUGCGACGUCGGUACCGCGGCGAGAUUGACGCUGUGACAAAUCAACUCGUCGAGUUCACACCUUGCCAGCCCCACUUUCACCGGGAAUCUUGUGUAGUGCACACUGUCAAGGACUGGCUCACGGACGGCGUCGUGCGCGCCGCUAGCUUGUACAUUCCCGUGCACUUUACACCGUUGUUGCUGUUCAAGCACCGCCAAUUGGUGGCCACGCCAGCCACGACCCUCUCCCAGACCGCUUUUGCUACCUUCCGGUCGUCCGCGUUCUUGUCCUCGUACCAGGCGCUGGUCAAAGUGUUUCUUUGCGCUGCUCGCAACAUUUGCCAAGAAGACUAUGCACUGUCGGCACUCGGGGGCGGCUUUGUCGCGGGGUUGAGUUUAUUUUGCGAAGACCCCAAGCGCCGCAACGAGCUGAUGCUGUACACAGCCGUACGCAGCCUCGACAUGCUGUGGGCGAUGGUCAAGCAGCACAAAACCGUCGCCGUCCCCCGAUGUCUUCGACACUUUGACGUGCUGUUCUUUUGCGUGUCCAUGUCGGUGAUUCUGUCGCGACGCCCGGAACACAUCAAGCCCACGUAUUUGUCGUUGCUGCGGUUCAUGUUUGGCCCGGCCGUGGUGAUGAUGAUGUCACCCCCCGACGAAGCAAAUCACCCGCCAAGUCACACACCACAGGACGACAAAGAUCGUCAACAUCCCCCACCCCCACGUCAUACAGUAUUGAUGCUGUAAUUACAUACGACGCAAACAGAAUUAAACUAUUGUGGAUUCGAUACGAAUUUC